UCAGCACGUCCUUUUCGUGCUUGACAUACAAAGUUGGACAUUUCCGAGACUCAACAGUUUGUUGUUCACUUUUGGCCUAUGUCAUCAGCAGCAUGAGCUUAACAGGAAUUGAUUUGUCUCUUAACGAGACGGACUUGAAACCUGAAUAUCCAAAAACACAAGCUGCUCUCAAUGAGGUUAAGAUGAUCAACAUUACCCUUUCUGCAGUAGCUUUGUUUAUCCUGAUGGUGACAGGAAUCAUCAGCUGUAUCUUGCACCAAAGAAACAGAAGGAAGUAUCGGCGGGCUCGCGUCUACGAGAGCGCUGUGAUUUGUGAAGUUCCUGAAGAGCCAGUGGGUGCAACGUGUGUGAAGAAAACCCCAAGUUUUCAUAACCCGUUCGCCCAGUUCAGACAUCAGGAGGGCCCGGAGGACAACUCACGCAUCCACUACAUCUACACCAACCCUCUGCCCGUGGGACACGAGGAGGACAGGCCCCCCCCUCACACGGCGUCCGUACAAGCUCCACUCACGAUGCAGGACUAUGCCAACGGUCCCAAGAGCGGCAUCAUCCUAGCUGCACCCACUUUUUCCAUGCAGCUGUAGAAAGAUAGUAUUUAUA